CUGCAAUCAAGUCCAACAGCAACAGUACUAGUCACGAAUAAGACGACGACGGGUCCGAGGACGAGCGAGUUAAAUCUCAAAGUCAUCUUCUUCUUAUAUUUAACACAAACCAGUAGUGUGUUAUAAACUACACAUAAGGUGCUCGUGAGUGAUAAAAGUGUUUGGUUAUAUUAUGGGAACCGCGGUCUACCACACGAGGCAUUUAAAUUUUUGGAGGCUUCUGUAAUUUACCGAGACGGUUGUGGUUAUUAUUCAGAUAGUCGGUAGUCAUAGUCAUAGUGCUGUUGCAAAGCUCUUUUGGUUAUCCUCAACUCUCUAUAUACUUAUACUAUACAUUCAUACCAGUGUACUGAGAGUACUGUUCUGUACUGGGUAAUCCAAGAACACGAUGAGUACGAGUGGAUUCACGCGGUUAAGUACUUAACAGCUCGGCCAGUCUUCUAUACUAUAACUAUACAGUGAAUAUAUACUAACCAUUGAAUAGCUCUUUUGCAUCAUCAUACUUUUAUGUGGCUACCUACAUAUUUAAAGGUAAAAGGUACAUUACCUACUCCCAUGUUACUAGUAUAGUGCUCAGUGAAGAAUAGCUGCCACUGGGUUUGUUUCUACUAAAAUUCCAAGACUUUAGUUAUGAUUCAACAGCUUUAACACAUUAUCUAGCAUAACGACUAUUUGAACAAAAAAAAUAUAUGUAUCCAUAAAUAACAGUGAUGUAGUGACAUAUCUUUUAUUUGGAUUAUAUCCAGCUUUUUAUGCUUUUUGCAUACAUUACCAGUUACAGUGUUGGCUUUCCGCGGCUUAGAGAUUCCUCAGUUUGAAUAAUUAUUAUAUUAAGACUUCAGUUUAAAAAUAAAAUAACAACAUAAUUUUUGCCUAUAAAAAGAAAUAAUAAGUGAGAAAAAAAAAGAUAUUAUCUUUAUAUACUCGAUAAAUUUAAAUAAAAAACUUUUUCAUAUCAAUAUCGACACAUCGCAUUAAACAGCACUUCUCUAGAAAGAAAUUUUUUUUCGGAUUUUUUUUUAUUACCGUCGAAGACAUAAAUCUUCCAAAGCUAUAUAAUAAGGUGCCAUAAAGUUUUUUUGAAUUGAAAAGUUGAUAAAAAAAAAAAAAGGAGAGAAAGAGAGAUCCUGAAAUAGAAUCAAUUACAUUUGUGAUAUUUUGACAUAUCCUGUUGAAGAAGAGAAAAUGUAUAAAUUAAAUUUAUUUAUAGACAUUAAAUUAUAAAUUUAAAACGGUUUGAAAUAAUUUUAAUAAAUUGAAGAUAUAAAUUCAAAUAUAUAUUUAUAGAAAUUAUCGUAAGAGUUUUUUUUUAUUGAAUUGGAAUACGUUUUGAGUGACGAAUAAAAAUUCAAAUAACUGGGACAAAAUGUUGCUGAGAUAACGCCGAGCGUCCGGCUUUGGAAUUAGUAAAAAAGUGCCGACGCCGGCGAAUUCACGGGUAAAAAAUAUAUAGGUAUAUCUAUAUAUAUUUGUAGAAUGUAAACUGAAUAAAUACAAAAAGUAGAGUACUGAAAAAAGUAAAAUUAAUAAAAUAAAAUAUAAAAACAAAAUAAUAGUAAUAAUAAUGGCGGCCUUUCCACGUCGACGAUCGCUAUGGCUAAAAGCAGCUGUACUGGGGACAACUGUUUGGCUGACAAUUUGUUUUCUACUUUACACUGAAGACAGAACUGCACCGGAUGUCCAGGUUUUAGCGCCAUCGGGAGUUGCCGCACCGCAAAUCGCUAAUGAUUUAGUUCCAGUUGUUAAACAAGAGACUGUUGCACCACUUAAUAAACUCGAAAUAAAUCAAGCAUCUGGUCCUGAACAAGGUGCUGGAGUUCUAGCAGCACCCAAAGAACAAGAUCCAGGUGAAAUGGGUCGACCAGUUGUUCUUCCAACGAACCUAACUGCCGAGGUAAAGAAACUCGUGGAUGAUGGAUGGAUGAAUAAUGCAUUUAAUCAGUACGUGAGCGACUUGAUAUCAGUGCAUCGAUCUCUACCCGAUCCACGAGACGAAUGGUGUAAACAACCCGGUAGAUACCGCGAAGAUUUACCACCUACCGCAGUUAUUAUUUGUUUUCACAACGAAGCUUGGUCUGUGCUACUCAGAACAGUGCACUCUGUGCUCGAUAGAUCGCCAGAGCAUCUCAUCCAAGAGAUUAUUCUUGUCGACGAUUAUUCCGAUAUGCCUCAUUUAAAAAGACAAUUAUUGGAUUACAUGAUGAAUUAUCCAAAAGUUAAAAUAAUACGAGCGUCAAAACGUGAAGGAUUAAUUCGUGCCCGUCUGCUGGGAGCUGCUGCUGCCACAGCACCUGUUCUCACUUACUUAGACAGCCAUUGCGAGUGUACCGAGGGGUGGUUGGAACCCUUAUUGGAUCGUAUUGCACGUGAUCCAACAACCGUUGUAUGCCCAGUUAUUGAUGUCAUUGACGACACGACGCUGGAGUAUCAUUGGCGUGAUUCCGGCGGAGUUAAUGUCGGUGGUUUUGACUGGAACCUUCAGUUUAACUGGCAUGCAGUACCAGAACGUGAGAAAAAACGUCAUAAAAAUUCAGCAGAACCUGUUUGGUCGCCGACUAUGGCCGGCGGUUUAUUUGCAAUCGAUCGAGCUUUCUUCGAACGUCUUGGAACUUACGAUAGCGGCUUUGACAUCUGGGGUGGUGAAAAUUUAGAACUGUCUUUUAAAACCUGGAUGUGUGGAGGUACUUUAGAAAUAGUGCCAUGCUCGCAUGUCGGUCACAUCUUCAGGAAACGUUCGCCAUACAAAUGGAGAAGUGGAGUAAACGUGCUCAAGAGAAAUAGUAUUAGAUUGAGUGAGGUGUGGUUAGAUGAAUAUGCACAAUAUUAUUAUCAACGUAUAGGUCAUGAUAAGGGUAAUUACGGAGACGUGUCUGAGCGUAAAGAUUUAAGGAAGAAACUUGGAUGUAAGUCAUUCAAAUGGUACCUUGACAACGUAUACCCGGAGCUGUUUAUUCCAGGAGAAGCUGUUGCUUCCGGCGAGAUUCGUAAUCUCGGCGAGGGUGGAAGCACUUGUUUGGAUUCACCAGCUCGUAAGUCCGAUUUACACAAACCGGUGGGUUUGUAUCCUUGCCAUCGACAAGGCGGCAAUCAGUACUGGAUGCUGAGUAAAACUGGAGAAAUACGUCGUGAUGAAUCAUGUUUAGACUACAGCGGCACUGAUGUCAUUUUGUAUCCUUGCCAUGGUAGUAAAGGAAACCAACAAUGGAUUUACAAUCCUCAGACAAAACAAAUAAGACAUGGAAGCAGUGAUAAAUGUAUGGCAAUAACGGAAAGUAAACAACGACUAUUAAUGGAAGAAUGUUCACCAAGUGCACCUCGACAAAAAUGGUCACUAGAAAAUUAUAAUUCAUCAAAACUGUGAUACCGAUUGUCUCGCCGUAAAUCAUCAUUAUCAUCAUCAUCGUCAUUAAUAUCAAAUCAUAAAACCGACAUUAUUAAAUCAAGGAUAUAUCAACGUUAUGCUGCCGUUAAAUAUCUGACGCAUUAAAUUUUUUGUUGUUGUUGAGAUUUAUUAUUUUUAAUGCGUUAAAAUAAUACGCACACAUGAAAGUUUUGUAAAUAUUCCAAUUUAUAAUUAUAAAGAUUAUUAACUAUAAGACAUUUAUUUAAUCGAUUAAGUAGAUAAUAAUAAUUGAUAAUCUGAAAGGUAAAUUAAAAAAAAAAUACAUAAUUACAGACAAAUGAACUGUCGACUGCGUGGAAUAUUUUUUUAAAAUUAAAAAAUAAAUUUAUUACUGCGCAUUAUUUCCUCCUUGCGUACUAGUUGCAAUUAUUUAUUUAUAAUAAUUAUAAUUAUUAAUAAACAAUUGGUGGAACUUUGCGCUAAAUUAAAAUUCAAUGGCAUUCGACGUUUCGUUUAUCUUUUAUUACCUUUCUUAUUAUCAAAUAAUUUAAUAAAUAUAUAAUAAAUAUUAAUAAAAAUACUAAUAAAAAUAUUAAUAUUUAAAGAUUAAGAAUUCAAAUUAAUUUUUUUUCUCAUGUAUUAAUAGUAACGGAACAUUCCAUUGUACAUUCGUGUAUAUUACAUUUAAAUGCCAGUUUAUCGACGUAUCAUUAGUUUAAAAAGUAUUUAGAAAUUUAAAAUAAUCAAAAUAUUAAUAAGAAUUAAAUAAAAAAAAAAUUCUUUAUUUAUUUCAUUCGAUGUUUGUAAAUUUUUUGUUCAAAUUUUAUUAGAAAUUACGUCGAGUUGUACCGAAAUUGUAAUAUUGUUAAAUUAUAUAUACAUAUAUUAGUUGGAUUGCAUCGAAUUUAUGAAAUAAAAAAAUAAUAAUCAUAAGAAAAAAAAUUAUUAAUUAAAAUAUAAAAAAGAAAAAAAAAUGCCCGAAUUAAUGACUUCUCGUGUGCCAAUAGCUUUAAAGUCGAUGCAAUCGUAUAGCAUUUAAUUUUUACGUAAUGUAAGUUAAUACAAUUCGGUAUAAACAUAUAUUAAUAAAUUUAUAAAUCAUUAAAUUAAAUGUUUGGAUAGAUAUACAUUAAUAGAUAAAGUGAUUGAGUCGUUUAAAAGAAGCAGGAGGAAGUUUUAAUUCUAAUUAUUUUUUUUUUUAAUUAUAAAUAGACUGGAGAUAAUUUGAAGUAUAAGCAGUAGCUUCGAAUUUGAGAUUUUUGAAAUAUGGACUUGAGGGCGAGUUUAAAUUUGAAGAAAUAAAGAAAUGUCUGGAUAAAUUUUUCGUUUUUUAAAGGAACAAAGACAAUUUUGAGGGGUCAAGUAGUUUUCCUUGUUAUUGUAAUAAAUGGGAUUUGGAUAGUACACGGGGAGAAAUUUAUGGUAACAAUUAGAAUAUAUUAUGGGAAUGGUUCCUAUAAUGCAUGGUAACCGGUUUUUUUAAAAUGUUGAUUAUAGGAACGGCACCCAUAUAUAUUACAGUUAUCAUUACUAUAAUAUUAUGGUAAUGGUUACCAUAGAUCAUGUUAAUGGUUACUAUAAUAUUAUGGUAAAGAUUUCUAUAAUAUUAUAGUAACGUUUACCAUAGUAUAACGAGAACGAUUGCUAUAAUUCUUUCACAUGCGAUAUGGGAACUGUCAUCAUAAUUAUAGGAACUUCCCAGAAAGGCCUGUAUCCUAUAAUUGCAAGUAAUCAUUACCAUAACGGUAUGGGAUGAUAUUUCAUAAACGUACUAGGAACGGUUACCAUAAAUUUCUCUCCGUGUAGGCGAAAUUGAAAUUUUUUAUUAUUUUGUAAACAGAAUUUUCAACAAAAUUACUGUAGUAUUUCGGUUAAAUGUUUUUAAGUAAGAUUGAACGUGUCACUUCAAUCAAUUUUAGGUUUUUUAUAAUUGUUUUUUUUUUCAUCUGCUAGAAGAUUGUAACCCUAGCGAAUCCGAAUUACGGUAAAUUAACGUAUUUUACUGCAAAUUUUUCCGCACUUUGCAGCAAUUAGCGGCAAAUUAUGGCAAAAUACGGUAAAUCACAGAAUUUACUGCGAUUCGUGGUAUUUUUAACGUAAUCUACGGCAGAAUGCGAUAAAUUAAAGCAAGUUGUGGUAAUUUACCGCUAUUUGUGGCAUACUACCGUAAUACUGCAAAAUACUUCACUUUAAGGUAAAAAUGCCGUAAUUUUACAGUAAAUUUGCACGUUUAUGGUAAAAUACUAUGAUGUUACGGUGCCGCAACUGGUUACCCUCGGACAAAAUAACCUCGGCAAAAUAACCCCAACAAAAUAAUCUCGUAACAAAAUAACCUGAAAAAAAUUAACUUUAUUAUCAAAUAACCUGAAAAAAUUAUAAAUAUUCUAUAUUAUACUUAAAGGUUCAUGUUGUUCAGGUUAUUUAAUAACAAAGUUAUUUUUGUCAUGGUUAUUUUGUUACGAGGUUAUUUUAUUUUAGGUUAUUUUGUUGGGGUUAUUUUGUCGAGGUUAUUUUGUCCGAGGGCAAUUCGUUACGGAACCGAUAUUACCGCAAGUUUACGUUUAAAUAUUGCACAUCUACCGUAAAAUACCGUGAGGUUGCCGUAAACUUACAGUAAGUUGCCACAUUUUUACUGUAAAUCUUCCGAAUACCGUAAAUUGUGGUAAUUACUGUAAUUCAGAUAAUUUUCUACAAUUCGGAUCCGCCAGGGAAAUUUAAACACGAAAAUUCUACACAAUAAUUUUUGUUAAGCUAUCCAUUUUUUAAAUUAAAAACCCGAAAUUCUCGUAAAAAUUUUACAUUCGAAAUUAAGUUUGAAAUUAUAAAUAAUUUUUUGAGUUUUUUUUAUAAAUUUUCUAACUAGUUAAAAAAAUUGAAUCGAAAAUUCUUUGUGAUAAUAUCUUGAAAUAUUCAUUUCGAUAAAAUUCGAGUUCACUUUUCAUUUAGUACUUCUUAAAAAAUCUGCGAUAUCUAAAGAAACUUUUGUUAAAAUCUAAGCCCAAAGUUGGCUUUAAACAAAAUUGGCCCUCGUGUAACUCAAAUUUUUAUCUGAAUAUCAAUUAAAAAAAAUUUCCAUCUCGAAUUAAAAUGAAUGAAAAAUAAGUUUCUAUGUCUAAGUAUUAAAAGAAACAAAUCAAUUAAUAAUUAAUUAACAUUCAAUAUUUAUUUUGUUCACUUUAGCUAAAAAUGUUUUCACAAAAAAAAUUUUUUUUUUUUUAUUGUUUUAAAAAAAGUGAAUAGAAACAAAAAAGUGAAUGUUAAUAUUUCAAAUUUAUUUAAUUUAAUUAAAAACAUGAAUAUAUAUAAAUUAAUGUCCUUGAAUGUAUGUAAAUAUAGUAAAUGAUAUAUACAUGUAUGGCAUUUUAUACAUUUGGUGAAGCAUAUCUGUAAGAUUUAAGAUUUAAAUUAAAACGAAAUGUGAGCGUUAAAAAUGUAUGUAAACUGAAUUAAUUAAACAGUCAAUUAAUUAAUCAAUUAAUUAACUAACUAAUUGAUUAGCAGAUUGAUUGAUUAAUAAAUAAAGAAUGCGAUAAAUAAUUAUAUCAAAUGUGCCUUAUUUUAUGUAUAUGUGAAUAUAAUUAUCAUAAAUAAUUAUCAUACUUAUAAAUCUACAUGAUAU